GUAUAAAAGGGCUUCACUAACACAUCCCAUCAUGCCACAGCAGCUCUGAUCUCCUCAACGCUUCCAGCUGAGAGAUACUGACAACUCAGGUGUCUUCAGUCCAGUUCCGAAGUCCAGUUCAAACUACAAGGACAUGAAUAUUGAUGUGCCCAAACCUGAGGCUAAAACAGGAGGAAACAAAUUUCCUACCAGGCCCACCUGUCCUGGAUCACCAAACAAAGGUCCACCUAAGUUCAAGCAGAGGAACUCUCGCCAGUUCAAGAGCAAGCCGCCCAAGAGGGGUGUCAUUGGCUUUGGUGAGGAAAUCCCUGGAAUGGAAGGUCUUGGCACGGACUUCAACGUGAUCUGCCCCUGGGAGGCUUACAGCCAUCUAGAGCUGCACGAGUUGGCUCAGUAUGGCAUCAUCUGACAUUCUGCGUGGGAUUUUUUUUAAAAUUUUAUACUAUUCUUUUUUUACCAGUUUAUUUCUUCUGCCAAAGGGAAUAAAUGUUAAAAGUCCAUCAGCUUUUAACAUUUUAGCUUUUCAACACUCAUCCACCUCUACUGAUCAUCAUAUUAGCUUAGGACAGUGAAUGUAGUGGAUGCUAUUCUUUGCAUGAACUCUUUUGUAAGUUUGUUGUGAGUCUGUUUUCAUAAAACUCUCAAGCUGCCAUUUAAAUAUCCAUAAUCUCCUGAUGCUUAACGUGCUCUUCUUUCCUGCGGGAGCUGUAACUUAUAGUUCGCCUCACAUUAGGGGCUUUAAAGCACCGCUUAACAGAAGAAAUGUGAGUUCAACAUUUGUCAGCAUCAAGUUCAAUCCAACGAAAUAAAGCUUGUAUUUUUGUAAAAACAG